ACCCAAAUUUUUUUUUCUUCAACAAACCCCUCUCAAUAUCUCAGUUCAUAGUUUUUUAUUCUCUCUUCCUUUUAUAAUAGAUUAGCUCUAUAACUUACCCGAUCUGACAAAAUCCUAGAGCUUGUAGCCUUGUAUAGUUGAUAGGUCUGCACACAAUAGUCUUCGGUAGAAUUAGACCCCUUUGCAGUUUAUAGUUCCAUAGGAUUAACUUGGUUUUCUGUUUUGAUUUCUGGAAUUUAGAGAUUUCAGAUUCAGAAAAUUUUCUUAGGAUAACAGUGUGUCAAGCAGAAGAAAUGGAAAAUGUUUCUGCGUUUAUUAAUGAAGAUGAGCAGAUGGAAUUGCCUCCUGGAUUCCGAUUUCACCCGACAGAUGAAGAACUCAUAAGCCACUACCUUUCCCCGAAGGUUCUUGACAGUGGCUUCACCGCUAGAGCUAUUGGGGAGGUGGAUUUGAACAAGUGUGAGCCUUGGGAUUUGCCUUGGAGGGCUAAAAUGGGUGAAAAGGAAUGGUACUUUUUCUGUGUGAGAGACAGAAAAUACCCAACUGGUUUAAGAACUAACCGGGCAACUGAAGCUGGGUACUGGAAAGCCACAGGCAAAGACAAGGAGAUUUACAAGGCCAAAGCCCUUGUUGGAAUGAAGAAGACUCUGGUUUUCUACAAAGGAAGGGCUCCAAAGGGUGAAAAGACCAACUGGGUCAUGCAUGAGUACAGAUUGGAAGGCAAAUACUCAGCCUAUAAUCUCCCCAAAACAGCUAAGAAUGAGUGGGUGAUUUGCAGAAUUUUCCAAAAGUGUAGUGGUGGGAAGAAAACUCAUAUUUCGGGGUUGGUGAGGGAGAGCCCUUUCGGAAACGAAUUCCGCCCUUCUUUCCUGCCACCACUAAUGGAUUCUCCACCCUACAACAACAGUGACACAAGAACCACCACCGUCGGUGAAACAUCGCAUGUGUCCUGCUUCUCCGAUGCAAUGGAGGAUCAGAAAACCCAGGAUGACAUUAUCGACAGCUUCAACAACAACAACAAUAUCAGCAGCAGCAGCAACAACAACAACAACAGUCAUCUGUUAGCUUCUUCAUCCUCAUUUCCGUUCAAGCCCUCGGUGCAGAACUCUUACUUCUCCGACCAAAUCGCACCAAACACCGGAAAUAUGCAGUACCCGGACUCUGGUUUUAUGCAAGACCAGUCUAUUAUGAGGUUGUUGACUGAGCCUCAAGCUCCAAGCUUGAGGCGCAGCUCAUCAAAUUAUUUGGGGGGUCAAGAUGUUCCAUCAUACUCAGCUGCUCCAAUAGAGUUUGAUUCCAUCUGGAAUUACUGAACUCAAAGAUGUGACGGUCUUAGAUUUUCUGGAAAAAUAUCUAAGAUCAUUUACCGUACCAAACUAUUGUGUACUUGUAUAGAUUAAUUAGAUCCUCCUCGUCGAGUCAUAGAAGCACGAAGGAUAUUAGUCUGUAUGUGAAGAAGAAAACCUUAAGUUGUUUUACUUGAACAAACAUCAAAUGGAAUGUAGCCUCGUGUGUUGUUAUAGUGUAAACUCAAUUCGUUAUUGGUUUGAUAA